AUGUUAAGACGCAUGAUAGCCGAAACGUAUAAUACUAUACGCGCAUUCCAGAGCCCCCCAGUCAGUCAAACUAAACAUCAAAAGUUGAACAAGAGACAUCACCUUAGUUCACUGCCACGUCGUGAUUCCCAAUCAUGGCCGGCGACUCCCAACAAUCUGGAUCUAUACACCUUCUACAUGCCCCCAAAGAGGGCCUCAUCGAGCUUGAGUAGUUCUCACCUACCUUUGAAAUGCCUAUCAGUCUCAAAUACGCUGACCACCUUGACCAUAAGCAUCAUCGCUGUACAUGGCCUCAACGGACAUUACCUUCACACCUGGACUCACACGGACGCUCCGGCCAAGCCGGUUCGCCGUUGGAGUAGGUUACUACGGAAGGGUGCUACCAAAACCGACACAGACACAGUAUGGCUGCGUGACCUUUUGCCCGAAAAGUUGCCAAACGCUCGCAUCAUGACCUUUGAGUAUGAUUCAUCCAUCUUUGGCAACAGGUCAGCAUUCGGGAUAGAAGAGAAUGCCGCAAAACUUCUGGAAGAGUUGUGGAAUGUGCGGGAAGACGAAGCAGAAGGCCGCUCGAUUGUCUUUAUUGGGCAUAGUCUUGGUGGCAUUGUCAUCAAACAGGCCAUAUCCACAGCUAAUCAGAACCGACGGCGACUCUCACAACCCUGGUACGCUGACAUAGCGGACUGCACCAGAGGCAUAGUCUUCUUUGGAACCCCUCACCGAGGUGCUGACAAAACAAAGUGGCUCGGUCUUGUCUCACGCAUUGUGCAAACAGCCACCAACCAGCCCAAGUCGAGAUUCAUCAAUGUGCUCGAAACCCAUUCACCACAUCUACUUGAGUUCUCCGAGGACUUCAAGCCUUAUGUCAAUCAGUACGCCAUUGCCAGCUUUUACGAAGAGCAACCGCAUCGUCUCUUGGGCAGCCUGGUGGUGGAGAAAAUGUCGGCCGUCUUGUGGCUAGCACAUGAGGAGGCGGUCAUGAUGGGAGGUGAUCAUUCGAGCAUGUGCAAGUUUGGGAAGAACGACAAGAGGUUUGAUCUUGCCUGGCGGGCAAUUCGACGAGUGUCAAAGGGGAGGCCGGAUAACAAUAGUGCAGUCGUGAUGAUGAGCUAA